AAGCCAUUCUCGACAUUCUUCUCCAUACGCGCCCAAGCAUAUAGCUUCCGCUAUAUUGCGAUUCCUUUCUGCAACUCGCGAAUUCAACUCCAUAGUUUGUACUUGACAGAGGGAUCUUAGUGCAUGACCCGGAAAGAAAAUGCACAAUCGUAACGUGUAUGAACAAAAGUGCAUGGCCCAAAAGGGCUGAAAAAAAAGCAGAGUAAAUGUGCUGUGCUUGAAUGAUGGACAAUCGUAAUGCUUAUUGGAUUUUUUACUCUGGCUUGUUCUUUUGAUUGGAAAUUAACUUGCAUAAAGUUGGGAGUCUUCCAUAUUUAUUCAUUUUGACCAAAUAAAUAAAGAAAUUGUUAUUUUGCUUCGGUGAAUUGUAUAUGGUACUUAUAUUUGAUUUUGGUAAUUGUGUACAUUAUUUCUUAUGGUUAGCUGUUUUUAAAUGAAGAAUUGACUCAAAUGCCUAUCAGGUCUCAACUGAAUUGAGUCAAGGAUCUUCUCAGAUGAAUGAGGAUGAAAUCGAUGAAGGUUUUCGAUCAGAAUUGGAUAGAAACACCGGAGUGCUUGGAUAUGGGGAUGGUGCUACCCCAACAGAUUUGUAGGGCUCUACAUCAGCAUUGUCUGCCAUUUAUGAUCUGCAGAUAAAACUUCAGAAGUUCUAUAUGAGUUGUCAAAUGAAGGUGAAAUUAUAUAACACAGAAAACCUUCAAACAUCAAAUGAAUUUCUUAAGCCAAGAUUUUUAAUUUCUUUUACGGGUUGUAAUUUGCCUCAUGCUGAGCUGCCUUCCAAGACUUAGAUGCAUUUCUUUCUUGUAUUCUUUUCCCAAAUUGACCAACAAUAUAAAGCAAAUUCAUGCCCAAUUAAUCAUUAAUGGACUGAAAUCUCCCACCUUCUUGGCCAAGUUAAUUGAGCAUUAUUGUAGGUCCCCAUAUCAGCACAUUGCCAAUAAGGCACAUUUGGUGUUCCAGUACGUCGACAAGCCAGACUUGUUUCUCUUCAAUACUUUGAUAAGAUGUGUUCAUCCCAAUUAUUCUAUUCUUAUUUUCCAAAAUGAGUUUUCCAGGGGAGUCUUGUUUUUCGAUGAUUACACCUACAAUUUUGUUCUUGGAGCUUGUGCUCGUUCUCCUUCAGCUUCAACUUUAUGGGUAGGUAGACAACUACAUGCCUUGAUAGUAAAACAUGGGUUUGAGUCAAAUAUUUUGCUUCCAACUACCACAAUACACUUCUAUGCAAACAACAAAGAUAUUAUCUCAGCCCGAAGUGUGUUUGAUGAAAUGCCAAAAAGAAGCAGUGUUACCUGGAAUGCUAUGAUAACAGGUUAUUGUUCCCUAAAGGAAGGAAAUAAGAAAUGUGCUCUUAAUGCAUUGUCUUUGUUUAAUUACAUGUUGAUUGAUGUGAGUGGAGUUAAACCAACAGAUACUACCAUAGUUUCUGUGCUUUCAGCGGCUUCUCAAUUGGGUGUGCUGGAAACUGGUGCUUGCAUACAUGGGUUUGCAGAAAAAAUAGUGUGUGCUCCCGAAGAUGAUGUGUUUAUAGGCACUGGGCUUGUGGAUAUGUACUCAAAAUGUGGAUGUCUUGACAGUGCCUUAUCUGUCUUCUGGCGAAUGAAUGAGAAGAAUAUCUUGACUUGGACAGCGAUGACUACUGGCCUAGCCAUCCAUGGGAGAGGCAAAGAAGCCUUGGAGAUUUUAUAUAAAAUGGGAACUUAUGGUGUGAAGCCGAGUGAAGCAACUUUUACAAGCUUAUUGUCAGCUUGUUGCCACGGUGGGCUCGUGGAAGAAGGCCUUCAAUUGUUCCAUGAAAUGAAGAGGAAGUUUGGUGUGAUGCCUCAGAUUCAACAUUAUGGUUGCAUUGUUGACCUUCUUGGUCGUGCUGGAAAGUUAAAGGAAGCUUAUGAUUUUAUCUUGGGAAUGCCAAUUAAUCCUGAUACUGUAAUAUGGAGGAGUUUCCUUGGUUCAUGCAAGAUUCAUGGGGAUGUUGUCCGGGGAGAGAAGGUGGGGAAGCUUCUUAUCCAGUUAGAAGAGCAGAGUUGUACCGUGUUAGCUCCGAAGAGCGAGGACUAUGUAGCUCUGUCAAAUGUUUAUGCUUUAGCAGAAAGGUGGGACGAUGUUGAAACUGUAAGGAACAAAAUGAAAGCCAAGAGAAUUGUGAAUAAAGCUGGUUCUAGCUCUGUUCAAACUGUCAGCGUGGCUGUGUUGUAAUUAUAAGUUGAUAUUUGUUUUAUCUUUUUAAAAUUAUGCUUGCAAGACAAUAAACCCAUCAAACAAAGAAAAACAAUAGUAGAAAUAGCAGCGAUUAUACAGAGUAUGGCAAAAAUACUCUUCGUCAACAAAUUGGAAAUAUGAGAUGUCCAAACAGCAAUAUAUGCAAGGAUGUGUAUAACCGAACAAGAUAUCUACUGAUAUACAGGUAUGAUAUUACUAUAGUAUUAUUUCUUAGCUUUUUUCUAUUUAUCACAAGUUACUGGUUUCAUUAAAAUUCACGAGACUCAGUAGAACGAACACUAGAGAGGACGGAUUUUGAGGCUGAGCAUUCGAUGAAACCUGCACAGAUUGUACUAAAUGGCCACUCAGUUGGAUAACCUGCACUUUCCUUCCCGCAAGUCCUUUUUCUUUUCUGUCUGAGUAUUUUCGGAUGU